AUGCCCCCUCUGCGUGCCCUUAUUAGCGAUAGUGAUGACGAUCUCGGUGGCGGUUUUGUCGUCAGCCAACCCCUGCGGCGCCGGCGUCAGACUAGGGAAAAGCUGGUGUCCUACGCUGAGCUGAGUGAUGAUGAGAUCGAUCUCAGUCAGUUCGUCAAAGUUGAAGAGACUAGAGCGUCCACCAAACGGCUGAGACAGCCGAAAGCAUCUCCUAUUGAAGCUAAAAAGCGGCAAAUCAAAGAGGAGUCAUCAGAUGACGAAUUUCACAUAUCUGACGAUAACCAUGAGGAGCUGGAAGACUCUGAAGUCUCCGAUGGCGAACUAAAAUUGGUACGUGCUCGAGAAGUGGAACGUGAUGGCAGACUGGCACAUGUGGCCAUCGAGCUCGAUAGUGCUACUGAAGAUGAGGACGACCAACUGCUAGCGGCUCGGGCUCGGGAUAUGGCUCGUGAAGCUUCAGACUCAGUCAAGGAAGAAACUCCAGCCGAUGAGUUGGGUAAAGAAGACGGCGACAAGAAGAAGAAACCUAAGGCGAAACGGAAACCGCGGCAAAAGAAGCCCGCUAAGCCUAAGAUUCCAUACUAUACUCGGGUUACUAAUCAAUUAUACGAACAGCACCCCGAGCUUAAGGAUGUGUUUGUUCAUUUAGAAUCGCUCGGACGUGCUCCAGUGCAGCGGGCAACUCAACCACCGGGGAUGACCAUUAAUUUGUUGCCGUUUCAGCUUGAAGGUUUGCACUGGCUUGUUUGUCAGGAGCAAGGGGAAUUCCACGGUGGGGUGCUUGCCGACGAAAUGGGUAUGGGUAAAACCAUUCAAACUAUUGCCCUCAUGAUGCAUGACCGUUCCAAGCGACCUAAUUUAGUAAUCGGACCGACAGUGGCGCUUAUGCAAUGGAAAAAUGAAAUUGAAGCCCACACUGAACCCGGCAUGCUUAAAGUACUUUUGUAUCAUGGUGCUAAUCGUCCUACUAAUGUGGCUGAGUUGGAGAAGUACGACGUUAUCCUCACUUCCUACGCGGUGCUUGAAUCGGUGUUCCGUAAAGAAAAGUACGGGUUCAAACGUAAAGAGCGGAAAGUCAAGGAAAAGAGUGCGAUCCAUGCAAUUCCAUUUUACCGGGUGAUACUUGAUGAAGCUCAUAAUAUUAAAGACCGUAACACUGGUACGGCAAGAGCGGCGAUGCAUCUUAAUACCCAAAAAAGAUGGUGCUUAUCGGGGACACCUUUGCAGAACCGGAUUCUGGAAAUGUACUCGCUCAUCCGAUUCAUGCGUAUCGAACCUUUCAACAAAUACUACUGUUACAAAUGCCCUUGCGCUAGUGAGGAGUGGAUGUUUUCUAAUGGACGGAAGUGUGAUGAGUGUGGCCAUCUGCCAAUGUUGCACACUAACUGUUUCAAUCACUUCAUGUUGAAAAACAUUCAAAAGUAUGGUAUCGAAGGUGAUGGUGCUACCAGUUUCUAUCACUUGCGUCUUCUUCUCAAAGGAAUCAUGUUGCGUCGUACUAAACUUGAAAGAGCUGAUGAUUUGGGUCUUCCUCCUAGGGUGGUGGAGAUUCGUAAGGACUACUUUAACCCUGAAGAAAAAGAUUUGUACCAAUCUUUGUACAGUGACUCGAAGCGUAAGUUCAAUGACUUUGUUGCUGAAGGGGUGGUGCUUAACAAUUAUGCUAAUAUCUUUACGUUAAUCACUCGGAUGAGACAAAUUGCGGAUCACCCAGACUUGGUAUUGAAGAAAGUGGGAGGCAAUAUUGGUGACUUGGGCCGUGUCGAAGGGGUUAUCAUGUGUCAGUUAUGUGACGACGAAGCUGAAGAGCCUAUUGAAUCGAAGUGCCAUCACCGUUUCUGUCGGCUUUGCGUUACUGAUUACUGUGAACUGUUCGUCGGUGAUGAAAAGCACUUGACCUGUCCUGUUUGUCACAUUGGUUUAUCAAUUGACUUGGAACAACCAGCACUUGAAGUGGAUGAAGAGAUGUUUGCCAAGGCACUGAUUGUUAAUCGGAUUACGCAAGGGGCUCAUGGUGGCCAAUGGAGAUCGCUGACAAAGAUCGAGGCGUUGGUGGAGGAGUUGUAUCGACUCAGACUGGACAAGCAUACUAUCAAACUGAUUGUGUUCUCUCAAUUCACCCUGAUGUUGGACUUGAUCGAGUGGAGAUUGAAGCGUGCAGGUUUCGAAACGGUUAAGUUGAGUGGGUCGAUGACUCCUCAACAGCGUGACUCCACCAUCAAGUACUUCAUGAACAAUACGCAGGUAGAAGUGUUCCUUGUUUCUCUCAAAGCCGGUGGUGUUGCACUCAAUUUGUGUGAAGCAUCUCAGGUUUUCUUGAUGGAUCCUUGGUGGAAUCCGUCCGUUGAAUGGCAAUCAAUGGACCGUGUCCAUCGUAUUGGUCAAAAACGCCCGAUCAGAAUCACACGGUUCUGUAUUGAGGAUAGUAUCGAGCUGAAGAUUAUUGAAUUGCAGGAGAAGAAAGCAACCAUGAUUAAAGCGACGAUUAACGCAGACGAGUCAGCUGCUAAUCGACUCACUCCAGACGAUUUGCAGUUUUUGUUCCAGUAG